GAAUCGCCCCGUCCGUCGGGUAGGCCCUCUUCUUCUCAUCACUGAUUUUUCUUCUUCUUCUUCUUCUAUUGGUAUUGAUUGAUUUUUGUUUUGUUUGGAUUGGUGAAAUGAAGACGUCGUCAUUUCUGACACUGAUAACAGUGUCAGUGAUAUUUUUGGUCUUUCUGAGUACUCAUGUUGAUGCAAAAAAGAAGGAUAAGAAUUUGAAGGUGACCGUAGCCGACGACGUUGCACCACCAGCCCCUGCUAAAAAAUCAAAGAAAUCAGCAGUCAAAGAAGCACCAGCACCACCACCAAAAGCAUUAUCUUCAAAGCACAAGGAUGAUGAUAAUUCAAUUGACGAUGUAGAUGAGGAUAGAAUUGAUGAGAUCCUUCGUGACGCAUCCAAGAAUUUGGUGAUUUUCUUGUACGACGGAAAAGUACCUUGCCCAACAUGUACCGAAGCUUUAUCCGAAGUCGAGGAGAUCGACGAUGAUAUUGAAGCAACUGGAUACGUACAAGUUGUAAAAACAAAUGACAGAUCUGUGGCUAGAGAAUUAGGAAUUAAUGUAUUCCCAUCAUUAGUUUACUAUAGAAGAAAGAAUCCAAUUUUGUAUGACGGAGACUUCAAAGACUCUGAAACUCUCCUCCGUUGGCUCCGUGCUCACGAAGAAGUUGCCACGUGGGAUUUGACAGAUGAUACUUUUGAAUCAAGAACUGAUUCUCAUUCUCCAGACGAGGGAUCUAUUGAUUGGUUUGUAAUGUUUUAUGAUGCUGAUGAAGGAAAUAGCAAUGCAUUUGUUCCACUUUGGGAAACAGUUGCACACAAACUUCGAGGCCUUGUUAAUGUUGGUAAAAUCGAAAUUUCGGUCAAUGAUGAUGUAACUGAAAGAUUCCAUAUUGAGGAACGAGAUUGCCCUGUUUUCUUGUUGUUUCACCGCGGAAAGAUGUAUCGUUACAAGGAAUCUGCUAAAGAUGCCAGAAGUCUCACUAAUUUUGCUUUGCAUAAAUACAAAGAGCAGAGAGGACACAGGGUUCCUGAACCACCAACUGCAAUUGAACAAGUCUACGAGUUCGCAAAAGAAAAAAUUAUGGAUAUUAUGGACGAUAAUCAGACACUUUCGGUUCUCGGAGUCGGUGGACUUAUCGUAAUUGUAGCCGUCACAUUGAUCAUCAAGGCCUAUAGAAUUCGUGCUGAAAACAAGAACAAAGUAGCAUAAGAUUCUCAUAAUCACAUCCAUCACCUUCCAUACUGCCAUGAUUUAAUAUCAGCUUGCCUAUUAUUGUCCUUUUUUCAAAUUCCAGAAUCUCUAUUUUAGGCUUAUUCUUUUUUCAAAUUUCGGUUAUACUUUUUUCUAUUGUAUGCACCCCCUUGUCCACGUGGUUUUUCCUCAAGUAUUGUUUCCUGUCUUUUUUGUAUUCUUUUAUUCUUCAUUUUGCCGGUGCAAUUUUUUGAACAACAUCUUUUUUCU